GUUCAAGUUAAUCAGACAUCUUCAUUUCUGAACUAGAAACAUGAAUAAUGAACAAGACAAGUAAAUGACAAAAAUCUGAUAAAUGGGAUAAAAGUGACAAAUAAAAAUAAACUAUAAAUACGAAAAUUUCUUGGCGGAUAAAUGAACGGGAUUUACCGGUGUGAAGUUCAACCACACCCUGGUACACACAGAACAGUCGGCCCUGAUGUGGUGGACACUUUUUACCUGACCCUCAUCCUGUCACAUAUUAACCUUGUAACCUGAUAAUGUUGCAGAAUUCGGGGAGACAAAGCGAGUGUCAGGGAGAAUAGAAAAUAAUUUCACUGACUUGUGGAUCGAGAAAAAAUAUCUGGAAAAGUUCGAAGACAAGAGACAAGAUCUGAGUGAGAAGGAAAAAAAAGAUAGCAAUGCUCGGUGAAGAUGGAGAGAACAGCGCUUUCUCCUCCACCAAGGAGGCUGCGGAGGAGCGGCGGAAGUCUCCACCCGUGAACGGAGAAGAUCUGAGCGCCCGGAGCAGGUACUCCGAACCCGAGGUGACCUCUGACCGAUACUACGUUCCUCCAACUGUUUCCAAGCAGAGUCCUGAGACAGUCAGUCCCUGCUCGUUUUUUCCCUACCCGCCUAGAGGAACGGUUUACACACCACCCGGCGCCCCCGGCAGUUACCCGUCAUCCCUCCACCUGGGAUCCGUGUUGCCCUCAGCGGGCUUUUCUCCCACUGCUGCCGGACGCAGUCACUUCAGUUCUGCCUACCAGUUCGGACAGAGCCCCGGCUGUAUCUACCCACCCUACACCGGCUCGGGGUCAGCGAUCGGCGGCAUGACUUUAACCACAGCCACCCCGGGAGCCAGGGCCCAGGUGUACCUGUGCAACAGACCGCUGUGGCUCAAGUUCCACCGGCACCAGACGGAGAUGAUCAUCACCAAGCAGGGCAGGCGGAUGUUUCCAUUUCUGAGCUUUAACAUCGCUGGUCUGAGUCUGACUGCCCACUACAACGUGUUCGUGGAGGUGGUUCUGGCGGAUCCGAACCACUGGAGAUUCCAAGGUGGAAAGUGGGUCACAUGUGGGAAAGCGGACAACAGCAGCCAAGGGAACAAAAUGUAUAUUCACCCGGAAUCUCCAAAUACAGGCGCUCAUUGGAUGAGGCAGGAAAUCUCCUUCAGCAAACUCAAACUGACCAACAACAAAGGGGCCAGUCACAGUACUUCACAGAUGGUCGUGCUCCAGUCGCUGCAUAAAUACCAGCCCAGGCUCCACAUCGUGGAGAUGACGGAGGAGGGAGUAGAGGACGUGAACCCUGACCUUAAGACUCAGAGCUUUACUUUUCCAGAGACACAGUUCAUUGCUGUCACUGCCUACCAGAACACAGAUAUCACACAGCUGAAAAUUGACCACAACCCUUUUGCCAAAGGAUUCAGAGAUAAUUAUGAUUCGAUGUACACAGCUCCAGAGAACGACCGCCUCACACCUUCACCAAAUGACUCUCCACGCUCCCACCAAAUCGUUCCCGGUGCACGCUAUACCAUGCAGCCCCUCUUCCAGGACCAGUUUGUCAACAACCUCCCCCAGAAUCGCUUCUAUAACAGUGAGAGAGCAGUGCCGCAGACCAACAGCCUCCUCUCGCCUCAGUCUGAGGAUGGAGCGUCUCAGAGAUGGUUUGUCACCUCCAUGCAGCAGGGAGGAAACAGCACUAACACCAACAAUAAGCUAGAUCUGACACCCUACGAGAGUGAAUACUCCAGCACGCUGAUUCCGUAUGGUAUUAAGUCCCUGUCCAUGCAAACAUCCCAUGCUCUGAGUUACUACACAGACUCUCCUUUCAACACCAUGUCGGCCGGAUGGGGGUCAAGAGCAGCAUACCAGAGAAAAGUUACCCCCAGUUUGCCCUGGUCCCCUAGACCCAGUCCUGCUGCAGGUUUCCCUGAAGACUCAGUCAAAGCUAAGCAACAGAUAGAGGAGGAUGUGAAUGACAGUGGAGGUCUGAUCUCCUCGUGGACAGAAUCUCAGUCGUUGGCUCUAACCCAGGACAAGGCUGAUUCUUAUGGCAUGGCCUGCAAACGCAGGAGAUUGUCUCUCAGUGGCUCCGGCUCAGUGGACUCAGCAGCUGAUGUUAAAUGUGAAGACUUGGCCUCAAUUGCUAGCAACAGUAGUUCCUACAGCAAAGAACCACCUACAUCUAAAGCCAUGGCAGCGUACUAUUCCUUUUACACCACCCCUUGAAUCCUUGGUUUGUUAGUAUCUGUUAAGUUGUUUGUUUACAAUCAUUUUGUAAAUGUGAAGGCAGAUUUUGUUUUGGUGUUAAUUUUCUCAUAUGUUGUGCUAAAAUGAUGAAACAGAUUUUUCUUUAACUUUAAAAAAUUAAAUAGUACAUGUGGAAAAUGACACCUCAGAUAUUUACCUUGGCUUUAUGUAUGUUUUCUUGUUACAUAAAUUGUUGUAUUUGGCUCUACAUUGAGAUAUUGUGUUUUAGAAAAUAAUUUAUUGGUUGAAAGCCGAGUGAAAUGGAACCUGUGUAAUAAUACUGUGGUUCUCUGAUGAUUUCACCUUUGUUUGAUAAUAAAAUGAAUACCUUUCCUGUGGAAUGCUUGGGUGGUCAUAUUUUGUGUGAACGUAAACACACCAUGUCCUUGUCCAUGUUGAAAUAAAUAAAUAAUAAUACAUUAUUUGUCAUUGUAUAUGUUCCGGCCAAUAGCUAAGUGAGUAUUGUAGAUGUAUUUUAUCUUUGUUUCUACAUGUGCCACAUCACAUCCAUACAAUGUCCUAAAAUAAUACUUUUCAUAAUUGCAAUCCUGUAAAUAAAUAAUAAAAUUCAACUAAACAAACACGGGAUUUCAUUCCACUAUCCAUAGAUAAUAUAACCUAAGUGCAAUUACUGUACUGUAUCUUCCGGCAAAUAAAUUUGUUCUUGUGGAGUCUGACGGCCUCUAGUGGUAAAUUAUAUG